UCUUUGUUUUUUGAUAACUUGUUAACCAUUCAAAAUCAAUAAUCAUCUUAAACUAGCCCGUACUUUUGGGUCAUCCUAAUCAUUGUAAUCAUCCCUGAUCAUCAAGCAAGUCCUUUCAAGUGUUUCAACAACAGACGUAAAAAAAGUAAAAACAAGAAAUAAAACAAAACUGAAACUCAUUUAGUCUACAAAUCAUUUUGUUCAGUCUCAUGAAACACUGAACCUUGAGUUGAGUUAAACUUCAGGCUUUUAUACCUGGCCGGGACUAACCAUUUGCUAAUCACCUUCAUCAACCCAACACCAUGUCAUCAACAGCCAAAGCAACAUCAACCAACACUAAAAGUGACAAAAUUGUUAAAACUGUAAAUAUCUUGAGAUGUAAAGUUGUUAAUAUUGAUAAACUUCAAGAUCUUCUUGGUCAUUCAAUAAUCAUACUCAGAGGAUUGAUUUGUGAACCUGACCAGAUAACGGCUUUAACCGGUCGAAGACGAGGUCGAUGUAAAUGGUUCAAUGUGGCCAAAGGAUGGGGAUUUAUUACACCCAAUGAUGGUGGACCUGAUGUCUUUGUUCAUCAGUCUGUUAUUCAAAUGAAUGGAUUUAGGAGUUUAGGUGAUGAAGAGGAAGUUGAAUUUGAGUGUAAAGUUUCUGAUAAAGGGUUGGAGGCCACUUUGGUUACUGGUGUUGAAGGGUUGGAAUGUAAAGGAUCACAUAGAAGGCCAAUUUCAAGGAAAAAGUUUAAAAAAGUUCGAUGUUAUAAUUGUGGUGAAUUUGCAAAUCACAUUGCAGCCAAGUGCAAUAUGGGACCUCAGCCAAAAAAGUGUCACCACUGUAAGGCAGUUGACCAUUUGAUUGCUGAUUGUCCAGUUAGUAAGCUGAAGACCAAGAAGAGCAAACAGCAACAAUCGGUUAGCUCGGAUGGUGAUGAAGAUGAACAAAUUGAGGAUGAAUUGGAUGAUAAAAGUGAGGAUAAACCUGAAGUAAAGUGUGAAAAUAAAGGUGAAAAUAAAAGUCUCGAUGAGGUGAAAGAUGUUGAUGAAUCAAGUGAAUUAACAACCAAUGAAUCAACAAGUUUAAAGGCAACUGAAACAAGGCCAACAUCAAGCUGCUGCUCAACCGUAAAGGAAGACCCAACAGGAUCAACUCAAGUCACCGAGUCCCCAUCGUCACUCAGCUCAACCUGUUUAACCCAAAGUGAAACCUCAAUGUUGACCUUAUCCUUACCUGUUCCUGAACCUGAGUCAAGUGAAGUGAACGAUGAUUGUUGUGUAAUAAUUAUGAAUAAGUUGAAUGUUGAGACUAGUGAAAUGGGCUCAGAGGAUGAUGUUUCCCUGGUUACAGUUGAAACUCAAUCGACAAGCUCAUCAGUCUCUUCAGAUCAUGGUAAAGAGGUUCGCUCUGAUUCAGGAAUCAUUGUUCGUGAUGAUGAUUGCAUGAAUGGCCGGAGUAACAGUAGAAACAGUUGUGAUAUAAAUAAUAACAAUAAUAAUGAUAGUAAUAACGAUGAUAGUAAAACUAAUGAAACCAAUGAUACUGACCAUUCCAAUGAUAUUAUGGACAGUAAAAUUAUCGCAAAUAACAUUAAAAACGUUGAAAAUUGUAACAAUUCAUUCAACAACAAUAACAAUAAUCUUAACCUUAACAAUAAGCUAUUUAGCACAGUUGAAUCACUGACAACAGGCAACAAUUUAUUAAACACAGAAUCAGAUAAACAUUCAAUUGCAAGUUCAUUAAUCCAAUUACCUCAACCUGAAAGUUCAUAAAUGCAAAAAAAGGUGAAAAAAGAAAAGCAAAAGAAAAACGAAAAAAAAAUAAUUCUGUAAAUAAUAAUCUUCCCCGUCUUGAUAAUCAUGUAAUUUGAUUCCCAUUGUAAUAUCAAUUAACAAUCAUUGUUACCACCUGAACCUGUAAACACAAAACUCCCAGUAAAUUCCCGAGACUAACUUCAUGAUAAUCAGAUGCAAAUUUGGUCAAAAUUUUUUGCUUCUUCACUUAUCGUUAUAGUCAUUCCAGAUUAAAAGUUAAUCAACUUUUAACGAGCUCGAUAAAGUUCCUAAUCGAGUUGCCAAGCUGUUGAAUCAGGUAAAAGCAACUCAUUCAGAAUUCAUUCUGACGCCGUAGAGAAUUGAAUCAAAAUAAUCAUUUUUUCUCUCUCAUUGUACAUAAGACUUGCAAAAAUGUUUCAAAAAUCAUAUCAAAUUAGUGUAUUUACAUGAUGAAAAAUGUAGAAAAAAAAGUUCAUUUGUCUGUAAAUUUGCCCGAAAAACUUGAACAAAUAAAGUUGAAUAAAAGUAAA